UGGCCGAUUGCUUAGUGGUGGGGGGUCGACGACUGUGUUCAUAUAAUACACUGCAAGCCGGCUGUCAGCUACACUCUGUGUUUGGUGCUAGAUCGGUCGGCAGUGUCACAUCCAAAGACCCAAGCUCCCUAACUUGUACAUAACUUUUUUUUUUAUAUAAAACGAAAAAAUAAAUCAAUAAACUAAACAUGUCUGACGAAGAAGUUGCUGCACUCGUAGUUGACAAUGGCUCCGGUAUGUGCAAAGCCGGUUUCGCCGGAGACGACGCACCACGCGCCGUUUUCCCAUCUAUCGUCGGAAGACCACGCCACCAGGGUGUCAUGGUUGGCAUGGGACAAAAGGAUUCCUAUGUUGGUGACGAAGCCCAAUCAAAAAGAGGUAUUCUUACCUUGAAAUACCCAAUUGAGCAUGGUAUUGUUACCAACUGGGAUGAUAUGGAGAAAAUUUGGCAUCACACUUUCUACAAUGAACUUCGAGUGGCUCCCGAAGAACAUCCGGUACUUCUCACUGAGGCACCUCUCAACCCGAAGGCUAAUCGUGAAAAGAUGACACAAAUUAUGUUUGAAACGUUUAACACUCCUGCUAUGUAUGUCGCCAUUCAAGCUGUACUUUCACUAUACGCUUCUGGACGUACUACUGGUAUUGUAUUGGAUUCGGGUGACGGUGUUUCGCACACUGUACCAAUUUAUGAAGGAUACGCUUUGCCUCAUGCUAUUCUUCGUUUGGACUUGGCUGGCCGUGAUUUGACUGACUACCUCAUGAAGAUCCUUACAGAAAGAGGAUAUUCUUUCACUACUACGGCCGAACGUGAAAUUGUUCGUGACAUUAAAGAAAAACUCUGUUAUGUUGCACUUGACUUUGAACAGGAAAUGGCAACCGCUGCAUCAUCUUCAAGCUUGGAAAAGAGCUAUGAACUUCCAGAUGGUCAAGUAAUUACUAUUGGUAACGAAAGAUUCCGUUGUCCUGAGGCUCUUUUCCAACCAUCCUUCCUGGGAAUGGAAGCUUGCGGUAUUCAUGAGACAACAUAUAAUUCAAUCAUGAAGUGCGAUGUCGAUAUCCGUAAAGAUUUAUAUGCCAACACUGUCCUUUCUGGAGGUACCACUAUGUAUCCUGGAAUCGCAGACAGAAUGCAAAAAGAAAUCACUGCCCUAGCACCAUCCACCAUGAAAAUUAAGAUCAUUGCGCCACCCGAGAGGAAAUAUUCCGUAUGGAUUGGUGGAUCAAUUCUUGCUUCUUUGUCCACCUUCCAACAGAUGUGGAUCUCUAAACAAGAAUACGACGAAUCUGGACCAUCCAUUGUCCACAGGAAGUGCUUCUAAGCACAUAUUUGAUAUUCUCCUUGCAUACUCAUUCCCCGAAUCCCGAAAGCGGCCUCUGUCUCGUUUCGCAGGCGGACGUAACAUCAACUUCCGCAAUAGUAAUUGUCCUUUGGUUCCUCCGGGGCGAAGAUACCUUUUUUCGAUUCGGAUGCACGUGGGACAUGAUUAACGCAGAGGCAAUCCAUUCAUUUUCAUUUAAUUAAACACUAUUGUAUCUUAAACGUAUUCCCCGAAUUCCUAAGUACCCUUCUAUCCUAUCGAAUCCUUUAUAUUAUACAGGGUGCUAGGAUACUUUUGGAAGAAUAGGAUAUCUUUGGAAGAUUGAUUCUAAAUACCAAAUUAAAUAUAAAAGUUAGUAUAAAAAGAAUGUUGAUUGAGGCUUAUUUAUUAAUUUAUAUACAAUUUCAGUUUGUAUUAGAUGAACUGAGACGAUUCUUUCUCUGUCGUUCAUAUUGUCGACUUACUCUGUUUCCGUCUCGCUUUAUCUGGCGCAAAUUUAAAUUGCUUAUGAUUUAAUAAAUAAGUCUCAACCGACACUUUUUGUAUAUCAACUUUUGUAUUUAUUUUGGCUUUUUGAAUUGACCUUACAAAGCUAUCCCAUGAAUAUAUUAACACCCUGUAUCUUCAAAUAACAUUGCCUAUGGUAGCAUCUUAGCUAACCACCCUCACGAAAAACAUCUUGUUGUCAUCGCGAUAUUUCACUUUACAAUCGAAAUAAUAAUUUUGUUCUUUUCUUUAUCGAACAUGCUAUAUAUACAUAUAUAUAUAUAAAUAUUUGCCAAUUUUUAAUAUUCGCGAGUUUGAGCAGAAGAAAACUAUUAUAUAAAUUAUUUUGGAAUAUUGUUCGAUGCAGAAUGGAAUCGUUGUGCGCAUCCUUAAUGCACGAAAGAUCUUUUAGUUUGGUAUCCUCCAAUUAAAUGCAUUCCGCUAUUUUACUCCGCCGAUAUUUAAGGACAUUUAUGUCAAUCCUUCGAGAAUUCAUCAUUCCCAGCGGAGAUAGGCCUUUCUUAAUCAUAUCUUUUUUUUUACUGUUACCAAUCGUUGAGGGAAAAGAUGGCUCUUUCCUUUCUUUUUUUUUUUAAUAAUGGGGGAGACCGCUGACCCAGAAAAAUAUCCCACAAACGCUCGCUCAAACGAAUAAAAAAGACACGGUUUCGACCCCGCAAGCGUAGCCAAAGUAUUAUAAUUUAUUCCCAUUGUAUUGUGCAAGACCAUUCACGUACACAUCUUAAAGACUACUUUAGACUUAUGGGAUUAUAAAAUAAAACUCUUAAAAACAUUA